AACUAAAUUUCUUUCAAAAUGGCCGACAUGACUACGUCGUAUAGUACACAAAAUAAAGAUACCUAUUCUGUGGAUUUAAGUUCUUUGUCAACUUCAGAGUCUACUAGCAAUAAAAAACAGUAUUUUUCCAGUUUAGAAAGCCCACAAAAGUAUAUGCCCACGCAGGAUGAAUUCCAGUUUGUACGGGCUAAUUCAAUAGAAGCACACACAAUAGUUGAAGGAUCAAUUGAGUCAAGCAAAACAUCAGGAGCUAGUGACAACUAUGGGAUCCGACACAGAGGAAUGACAUCAUCUCUCUUAGAGUCCAGAGGGUUUGGGUGGCUAUUGGAAGAAGAAGAUCUAGAUGAAGAAGAUCAGAGACCACUCUUAGAAGAAUUGGACAUAGAUCUUAAAGAUAUUUACUAUAAGCUUCGCUGUGUUCUGUUUCCCUUGCCACAGCUUGGCUUUAAUCGUCACAUUGUUCGGGAGAGUCCAGAUUUCUGGGGUCCGCUCAUCGUCAUACUUUUGUAUGCUAUUGUAUCAUUAUAUGGUCAGUUUAGGGUUGUUUCAUGGAUUCUCACAAUAUGGCUUAUUGGCUCCCUGAUGGUGUUCUUGUUGGCUCGUGUAUUGGGUGGUGAAGUAUCUUAUGGCCAGUGUUUAGGUGUUAUUGGCUAUUCUGUGCUACCCUUGUUUGUGAUUGCAUGCAUCCUACCGUUAGUACAUUCCUAUCAUUACAUCAAUAUGACCUUUAAGUUUUUAGGAGUGAUUUGGGCGUCCUACAGCGCAGGCUCACUGUUAUGUGUCCAGGAGCUACAGCACAAGAAGCCGCUGUUACUCUACCCAGUCUUCUUGUUGUAUGUUUACUUCCUGUCCCUCUACACUGGAGUCUGAACACUUGGUGGCUUCAUGGGGCUUGAGGUUUACUUAGCAGGGGACAUAACCAGAUGGUUGUACAGAGUGGAUUAAAGUUACUUUUGACAUUUUUAUGUUAAAUUAUGUUGAUUAAAUACUGUUUAAUUAGUUACAAAAUACUAUGGCGAAGUUAAACUACAAAAUACUUUUAAAAAAAACAACACAUUUUCCAUUCACUAUUCAGAGAAAACUUGCAGAUUAAUCUAAAUUAUAUAUAGCUAUGGUAGAUCAAAUUCAAUAUAUCAUUGUAUAACUUAAUAUACUAUAGUCCAAUAUGACUCCACAAAUCCUACAUUAACAAUUGCCUACUACUUUAUUAGUAUUCUUUAAAACAAAACUUUUGUGAAAGCAUUUUAAAAAUUUGCUGUAGAAAAUAUAGCCAUUGAAGUCAAUAAAAUAAAAAUAAAUGAUUCUGUCAAUCAAGUGUUAACUUGAUGUGAACUUACAUGUAUAAACACAAAUUCUGUUAACUUAUAUUCCAUCUAUUUGAUUUGUACAUAUCUAUUUCGAAUCACACAUUUGUAAUUACUAAAUACGUUGGUUAGGAAGAGGUGUAUGCUCCAAGCUGCCCAAGUCCUGCAGUUAGCAUCCAGAAAAUGGCAUCAUGGGCGCAUAACUAAGACAAAACUGAGAUUCUCUUUGAAGAAUAAAAAGUCUCUUUGUCACUGAACUAUUUGAUGUUUUAUUCUUGUAGAUAUAAUAUUGAGUAUAUUCUCUUUCAUAUUUUUUUAUUGAACUUGUUUUUAAUGUUCACAUCACUUAUUUAUUUGAACUAAAAUUAUGACAAAUGUUUACUGCAGUCUACAUUUUUUUCUCUUGCAUCCGGUGUCCACAUCCAAUAGAUUUUUUUUUUUCUGGAGUCUUCAUUUGAGUUUCUUAACAAACUUAGAGCUUCAAACCAUUUACACACUUCAGCUUUUAUAUGUAGCAAGUGAACAGGUGGAGUGUAUACAAGUUCCCCUUUCAGACCUUGUGAACUGUAAGGCAGAUUAUGUAAAGGUCAUCUGUUUAUAUGGCCGAUGACUUACAUGGGUGUCAUGUGGCCAGCACAACGAUCAAUCGCCUUUACUUUUCCCCAACUAAUCUCAGGUACCAUUAGAGUUGAGUGGACUCAAAGGCGCCCAUAAAACUGGGAUUUUUAAUUUCUCUAAAAAUCCCAGUCUUUACUGAGAUUUGAACCCAGGACUCCUUUUGUUCAGAAGCCAAGCACUUUACCUCUCAGCCAUCACAACCCUGUAUGUAGUGUAUAGAACAAGGUGUAUAGAACAAGGUGUAUAGAACAAGGUGUAUAGAGCAAGGUGUAUAGAACAAAAUAAUUUGGUUUAAAAUAAGUUUGUUUAAAAUGGGUUUGGUCCUAAAGAAGUUGGCAUGUUCAAAGUAAUUCAUUGUUUCAGUACUUAGAGCCAAGGAGAGAGUUCCAGUUUGAUUUCUUGGUUUCUUUGAUAAGUUUCAGACUUUACUUCAAAAUUGAAGAUUAUUACGGUCUAGUUUAAACCUCCUGCAGGACAGCAGGGGGAUACAGCCAGUAGAAGUCUGAAGCACAAACCAAAUGAAAUCUUAGGAUUUCAAGUACAAAAAAUAACAAACAACUAUGUCCACAUCCUCAAGUACUGUCUUUUAAUUUUCCCUUAUUUUAAAAAAGUAUUUUUACUCUUCUUGAUAAAUAUCUAUAUAUUUUAUUUAAAUUCAGUAAUGUUAGUUUUUCUAUUACUGUCAAACAAUAGUACCAUUCUAUAGUGCACAGAUUAAUAAUGGGAUACAACUACUUAGCUUUAAGUGUUUUUCCGUUUUAGAGUAAACUCCAGAGUAUUUACUUGAGGAGACUACAAUUAAACUUGUAACAUCACUAACCUUUUCAAUGAAAACUAGAAUCAGAUCAUUGACUUUUUUGUGUUUGAAUAUUUGAUCUAUAUUUAUACAUUUUGAAGGUGGGAGAGCUAAUCACUACAAUACAAGUUCCCUGUUUCAUUACCUCCUGGGCAUCUAGUGAAUUAAAUUGAUUGACUGUGUCUUAAACUAAGUGGCUUUUUUUGUUUUUAUCUACUAUUACCAAUAAAAUAGUACUGGCAUGUAUAUAUGUGUAUAUAUCAAUUAACUGCAAUUUGAAUAUGCUGAGAAUAAAGAAGGGAUUAGCUUC